CUUGGCAAGGCAGAAGCGCGUCCCUGCUCUCCCAGUCCCGCAAUGCCGCCCAAGGACGACAAGAAGAAGAAAGAUGCUGGAAAGUCGGCCAAGAAAGACAAAGACCCCGUGAACAAGUCGGGGGGCAAGGCCAAAAAGAAGAAGUGGCCCAAAGGCAAAGUUCUGGACAAGCUCAAUAACCUGGUCUUGUUUGACAAAGCCACGUAUGACAAGCUCUGUAAGGAAGUUCCCAACUACAAACUGAUCACCCCAGCUGUGGUCUCCGAGAGGCUGAAGAUUCGCGGCUCCAGCUGCUGGAGAUGCAUGAACAAGAGAUCUCACCAGCUAUUGGACAGAAAUAAGGAGCACUGA